GUUGUGACGUACGCCUUCAACUCCGGAAGUGUUUCCUUUACCGGAAGCCCUAAUGUGACUAAGAAAGAUGGCGGGGGAUUCUGCAAUGGAGCUGCUCUUUUUAGAUACGUUCAAGCAUCAAAGUGCAGAGUUGACAAAUGUGGACGUUGUACGGUUUCCUUACGGUGUCUUGAUCACAGAAGUGCGAGUCAUUCCCCCUGGCAUCAAAGCACACAGCAACCUGCCUGACAGCAGAGCAUUUGGGGAAACAGCCCCUCAUGCAUUCCAGUUGGACCUGUUUUUCAACAAUGUGUCCAAACCCAACGCUCCGGUGUUUGACAGGCUGGGCAGCCUCGAGUAUGAUGAGAACAAAUCAAUCAUCUUCAGGCCUAAUGGGAAGAUAAACACAGAUGGGUUAGUCCUGCGUGGAUGGUACACAUGCCUGACAUUGGCAGUGUAUGGGACAGCCGAGCGCCCCCACAGCCACGAGCGGGACUCUCCUCCACCUCCUCCACCCCCUCUGCCCCAACAGCAGCAGCUGGGAUCCAAGCGGAUCAUUAAAACUGAAUGGGAGAAUGAAGAACAAUUUAAUGGCAGCCCACCAAGACCACAACCUAGAGGGCCACGGACCCCACCAGGACCACCACCUCCUGACGAUGAUGACGAAGAAGCACUACCUGCACCUGGUCAAUGUCCAGUAAAGGUGGAGAACACAGAACAGGGCGAUGAUUACCUGGAACCUGUCUCACCUGAGCGAGGGUCUCUUCCAGCGGAUGAGAAUUACUCAGAUGCAGAGCAGGAGGAUGAUGAGGGUCCGGCUGAUGAGGAGGAGGAUGAAGAUGUGCAGUCUGAGGGAAGCGAGGGGGAUGAAGAUGAUGAAGAAGAUGAAGUGGGUGAGGAGGUCACAGAUGAAGAUGGAGAAGGUGAUGAUGGAUAUGAGCAGAUAUCCAGCGAUGAGGAGGAUUUGGAGAGUGGGGCUUUCAAGCUGCCUGCUUUUGACCUGGACUAUACACCUGAGGACCUUGCAUCACUACCGACCGUUCAGUACGAUCCAUAUGAGCGUGAACUCCGACCCCUCCAGCACUUCACGCCGCCACACAUUACACGCUAUGAGGUGGAGCUAAAACGCCUCAAGACAGUAGAUAUCCAGGAUUCAAGCUCCUUAUGGGCGGAGUCUGCAGCGAAACUCUCAGAACUGUUGGAGGCCUGGGGGGAGGGGCAAGGGGCAGAGAGGGGGGCGGGCUGGGUAACUGCCUUAGAGGAAAUCCCUGCCUUUCUGCUAAAAGGGAUGAGCUUCCUGUCUAUUAAGGACCCUGAUGGGCUGAGUGAAAAGUUGAAGCAGUUGGUCGACUGGGGCUGUGAAGCUCUUAAUUUGGACUUUGCCCUGGCACAACCCAUAGCUCUGAAUUUACGCCAGCUCAAAGCAGGAACCAAACUGGCCUCUGCCUUGGCUGAUUGUGGUGCCCAGGCUGUGCAGAAUCUGCUGGAGAAAGGGAUUGUUGGCAGCCUCCUAGGCUUGCUGUUUGCAGAACACGUUUCAUCCACACUGAAACUCAACGUGCUGCGCUCCCUCGACAGCAUCAUCAGUGAGCCGCAGGGUAUCGAAUCCCUGCUCAGAGACCGUCACCAUGACAAUGAUGGAACGAGUGGGUACCAGCGUCUGCUGGAUCUGUUUCUGUUGGACCAGACAGUGCGUGUUGCAACAGCUGGUGCAGCCAUUUUACAAAAGGGACAUUUUUAUGAGGUUUUGACUGACCUGCAGAGGACAGCCAACAUUUGGGCUGAACGCCAUCCUACAGUAGGGGAGGUGGGUGAGCGAGAGGGUAGCGAGAGUGAGAGAGAGGCUGGAGAGAGAGACAGAGAAAGCACUGAGAGGGAUGGAGAUGAGAGGGAGAGGGAAACCCAGGAUGUAGAGCGGGAAAGCCCAAUGGACAUUGACACCUUGCUGGAAUCUGCCUCUUUGUCAGAAGGUGACCUGGAAAGGCUGCAAGGUCUCCUGGAAGAACUGCUCCAUCUGCUGGAGACAGCACCUCACUGUAUGGUACAGCCGCCUGGGAAAGCUUUUCCCACCAGUGCCCGAAUCACUGGGCCACCAGAGCGUGACGAUCCCUAUCCAACACUGUACAGGUACAUGCAUGCUUGUCACCUUCUGGAAUCCCUAGCAGUUGUCCUGUCAUAUCCAGCUACAUGUGCCCACAUAGGAGUCCUGCAGGCUGUCAGAGAACUGAUGCGUUUCCUAUCACAGUCCCAGCAGGGCCUCCUCUUUCUCCUUAGCCAACACGAAACCACCAAUUUGCUGCUUCGUCUCCUUACACCCCUUACUCACCUGACCCCACCGUCUCACUUGGCUCCGCUGACGCCCCUUUCAGAGGGUGAGGGUGAAGAUGCUACUGCAGGUGGAGAGGGUUCGAUGGAUGAUGGUUUUUGGGUUUGGCUUAUGCAGACUCUACAUGCACUUCAGGGUGUUGCUGAGCUAAAUGGGGCAGAACUUGAAGAUGGCGAUAAUCCAGGUGUUCUGGCAACACUUCACAGCCUGUAUCUCAUUAGCUUUAGCAGCACAGGCCGAAAUGCUGUCGCACAUGCUUUUAGCUUGGAUAACAACCUCAGCUGUCUGGUCAACUUGGUGGAGUUCCAUGCCAAAGAGGGCCAAGGGGAAGGAAAAGCAAGGAAGUCUGUAACGUAUAACUAUGCCUGUAUGCUUGUACUCCUGGUGAUUCAGACGUCAGGUGAUCUCCGGAUGAUGGAGCACUAUGCUGCUCCACUGCUUAAUGUUUCCAAAUCUGAUGAAAACAAUGCCAAGCUUCAAGAGCUCUCUAAGUGGUUGGAGCCACUUGAAAAAUUACACUUUGAUAUCAGUGGUAUUCCUAUGCUUAUUGACUACAUGAAGCAGAACCUGGAGAACUUGAUGACAGCAGAUGGGGUGGGUCUUGUAACUGCUCUCAGAGUGUUGUGCCACAUCGCCUGCCCUCCAACCACUGUGCCAGGUCAGCAAAAAGACUUGAAGUGGAACCAGGCCAUCAUAGCUCUCUUCAGUGCAGAGGGCAUGGAUACUUUUAUUAAAGUUCUCCAGAAGCUUACAUCACUGCUGUUGCUGCCAUGGAGACUACAUGGUCCAAUGGGCCCCACGGCGCAGCGACUCAUGAUGCUGUCAGUGGCCUCCUGCUCGCUGAGACUCAUCCGAGCCAUGCUGACAGAGCUGCUGUGCGGGGGAACCUGUGAGUUCCGUGACGUGCGUGUGCCCUCUGUCUGUGUCGCCCUUCACAAGAUCCUCUGCUCCACCCCGACAACCGGUCGCCUGGAUGCAGAGGAGCUGCGUAUCCAGGGAGACGUGACAGAGAUACUGUUAACAUUCACACAUGCAGUUAGCGAACAGAUGACAGGUUCAGAGGAGACUGUGGCCGGAAACAGCUGGUCUCUGAUGUUGAAGGAAGUGCUGAACUCUAUACUGGCUGCUCCAGAGAACAUCUACAGCAGCCUUAGUCUGCUGUCAGAACUGCUUCCUCUACCUCUGCCCAUGCAGACCACACAGGCACUCUCAGUGCAAGACAUUGGGGUUGCGAUGAACACACGAAAGCUAUGGAGUGUGCAUUUGCACGCUCAAGCUAGAGUAUUACAGGAAGUGCUGAGGUGUGUGUGUGUCAACAGCUGUCCACCGCUACUCUCCAUGCUCCGCCGUGUGUGUGUCCAGCUCUGUGAUCUUGCUGCACCCACUGCGACUCUGGUGAUGAGGACAUUGCUUGAGCAGCUUCAGGAGGAAAUGCAACAGGAGGCAGCUGGCUCACGUUUGAUGAGGUUACUAGCUCUCCUCGACUCGCUGGCAUCUCAACGGGCUUGCAAAUCAGCCAUGUUGGCUCUACUGGGUGGAUCUGCACGCAAUGAAGGCCGGAGUGAUGGGAAAGUGGAGGAAAAACUGUCAGAUCAUCUUCCCCCUCUGGUUGCCAUGCUUGUCCUUCCUGCUGAUGCCGUUCUGUCAGCACAACAAAACGCUGAAUUGACGGCUUCUAUCCUUCAGUCGCUGUGUGACCAGGACGUGUCACUGGUCGUGAGCGGCUCGGGUGAAGCCUCGGUGUCUGAGGCAGAGCAGCUUGCCAACGCACUGCCGACCAGAGACAUGAUGACAUGUAUAUGUGACGGGAUGCUGGAAGUGUUGGGAAAUACAAACAGCAGCUACACACUCCAGCUCACAUGUCUGAGAACAAUGAUGUUUCUCACUGAACAUGACUAUGGUCUCUAUCACCUGAAAAGCUCUCUGAAGAAACACAAUUUGGCCAUUUCCUCUCUGAUCCGCAGGGAAACCACAUCCUUUAACAAAGAGUUAACUGAGCUCCUUUCAGCCCUGUUUGACUUUUUGAGACAGAUUCUGAACAGUGAAGCCAUGGAUGAAGACAUAGACAGCCGCUCUUUGGCUCUUAGUGUGAGCGACAUGAAGCAGGUGCUGCAGUGGAAGGAGGACUCGGGGGAACAUCCUUUAUCAGAACUGGAGAAACACAUCAUGAAACUCUGUAAGGAGGAUGAGUCUUUGGAGACUCUCCUGGAGAAUGUGGCUGGCCUGCGACAGAUUAUCGAAAGUUCUGGAGAUGCCCCAACUAAUGCAGAGCCUGAAACUGAGCCCACGUUACCUGCACCAGAGCCCCUUCAAACACAGUUCAACCACAGGACCGUUUUUGUUCUCUCGGAUGUCCUGGACGAGCAGUUGAAGGCCCUAUGGUUCUCUCCAUUCCAGUCAGAUGAGAUGGAGACAGAAGUUGACAUGGUGAAAGUAGACCUAGUUGCACUAGCCCAGCAGUGUUGUCCAGACUUGGACCUAAAGGCGGAGUUAGAACGUUCGUUCCUCAGUGAACCUGCUUCCCCAGGACACAGCAAACCACCCAAAGGCUUCAGACUGGGCAAACACAAACACGAGACCUUCAUCACGUCCAGUGGAAACUCAGAUUAUGUGGAGCCUGCGAAACGAGCCCAUAUCAUGGCGGCCCCUCGGGGUCGGGGUCGUGGUGCUUUUGGCCAGCUUUCUCGACCGCAUGACAUUUUCCGCCAGCGCAAGCAGAACACCAGUCGACCUCCUUCCAUGCAUGUAGAUGAUUUCCUUGCUGCAGAGUUCAAGGAGGUAGGUCAACCCACUGGCCUGGCGCUGCCCAAACGCCCACCAAAAGGAGGAGGAGCCAAGCCACCAACUAGAGGCUUGUUUACUGGAGGAACCAGAGGGAGGGGUUUCCAGAGCCACGCCCGCUUCUUCACUCCACCGGCCCCCAAGAGUGUACUGCUUGCAGGUAACUACCCACGUCGUGAAGGUGGUCGUGGAUCCACUUGGAGCACUCCGGUGACCGCUGACACUCACAGAGGGACUUACAGUGAACCUCGCGGAGGCCAAAGCAACUUUACUCGACCGUUACCAUCCAGACAGCCACCUGCAGGUGCUUACCGAUUGGCUCCUCGGGACAGAGCCACCAGAGGCAGAGGGACAGGCCUGUCCUGGCUGAGUGGUGGAGUUAGUGUAGGAGGAGGUGGAGUAAGUGGCGGUGGUCGUGGUCAAGGGAAGUUUAACAGCGGAGGAAGCGGAGGUGGACGGGGCCGACACGUCCGAUCAUUCACUCGCUAAACGCUGCCUUGAGCAAAGCAGACUCAGCCGUCAGGCUCUAAAGGACCAAUCAGGAUGUGGAUCUGCAGGAUCUAAUGCAACCAUCGGCUGAUAUUGUGUAUAUCAUUGUCAUGUUUUGUGUUUCUCUCAUUUUUAAAACUGUUAAAUAUGAUUAAAUUCUUGUGAGUAUA